AUGAUUAAAGGGAAGCUUGAUGCUACCUGCCCAGUCGUAGAAGCUGUAAGAUGGCACAUUGAUCUACAGCCAUGGGCAAGUCCAACUCCUUCCCUGAACUACGAGGCCUUGAGGUUCCUGAAGUACAUUAGCACUUCUCAGAUUUCAUGUGAACACAUGAGCCUGAACAGCCUUAGAGGGUACUCUGAAACCGCAAAAAAGCCCUGGUCGAUCUGUCUUGAUGAGAGGUUUAGCCUCAUUCAUCGAAUCAGAAGCAAGCAAUGCCGUCUCUAUUCCCUUGGGCUAAGCAACGAUGACAACCAGUUCGAGGUCAGCAUGGCCAACAGUGGGUGUGAGGUGCAUCGCUUUGACCCCAGCAUCAAGUCAGCUCACAUUCAGAAGAGCCGGCACCUCUGGUAUCAUCGCCUGUCCAUUGACUGGAGGGAUCCCAAUCCAGCCAUUGCUGCUCAUAAACUUCACAGCAACACAAAGAAGUUGGGCACGAUAUUGAAUGAAUUUGGACAUCAGAAGCAGCAGCUGCAUCAGCAGCGUACCACUAUUUCAAUGUCGAACACUUGCAUUCAGAAGAGCACAGCACUCAGUCCAGGCACCGUGGAGUUACCGUUG